AUGUUCUUCGACAUCAAUGGGCGAGGAACGGAAUUAUACCCAACAGUUUAUGCUCUCUGGAAGGUCCCUGAACUCUUGCCUGCUUUCAUACUAAGAGGAGGUGAAGUUUCUUGUUUCAUAAUUGGAGGGGCAGAUCUGAUGUUCCCUGGUAUCAAUAUACCUUCUGAAGGUCUACAUUCUUUUUUAGCUGGGGAACUAUGGUCCGUGAAAGUUCCUGGAAAUCCAGCUCCAGUUGCUGUUGGGACUACCACCAUGAGUAGCACUGAAGCUCUUAAAGCUGGUUUGCGUGGGAAGGCUUUAAGAAUAACUCAUUAUUACCGGGACUCACUUUGGGAAUCAGCUGAUGGUUCUUAUGUUCCAAAUGCUGGCUUCUUAAAAGACGCUGUGUUUGAAGAUCCCUUUCUAUCCUCUACUAGUCAGAAUUCUGAAACAUGUGAAGGUGAUGCUUCAGUUGCUCAAGAAAAUUGCCUGAACAAUGAAGAAGUGGGGAAGGGUAUUGAUAUCACAGAUGUCCGUUCUGACAGUGAUCCUGUUUCCGUGACACACACUGAUGUUGAAAAGGAAAAUGCUGAACAAAUAAUUACUGAUAUGGGUGAGUUGAAGGUGAUAGGAAAUGUAUCAACUGAUGAAUCUAAUAUUGAUGACCAGCAUUCAUUAUCCAUCGAGGAUGUAAAUGCCCUUUUGGACAAAUGCCUUCUGCAAUCCUUGCAUACUACUGUUAAGGAUAAAGACCUUCCCAUGCCUGGAAGUACGCUAUGGUGA